CUCUGCUUACUACACCUCCACUGGAUCAAUGGAUUCAAACACACACACACACACGCACACGGGAGCUCCCAAUCCACCUCACUGGCCACAGCUCAGUAACAAGUGAGAGAAGGGACUGUCUCCCUCCCUUUCGUCAAACCUCUAUCUCCCCCACCAUCUGAGCAAUGGACCAGGAUAUAAAACACUCCGGAUAGCUGAUUUGCUCCGAUAGUUGUAAAGAAAGCUCUCUCUCUCUCUCUUCUGCCAGCGUUCUCUCUUUCGAGUUUCUGAUUAUUUUUUUUAAAGAUUCGAUGAUUUUUAAAAAGAUUCAACUUCCCAUCCACAACGAGUGCUGUGAAAAGAUCAACCAGAGCGGGGAGAAGCACGCGGAUUGUUCUGGACGUUAACAGAUUCCGAGGUUUUGGUCAAUUAUGGCGAUUGUUGGAUUAAUGCUGCGAAAACUAGUUUUCCUAUUGUGGUGGCAGAAUUUAAUCGGCCGAGAAUCCCAAGCCUCUGGCUCACAGAUCAAAAGGUUCAUCUCACUCAGAUUUGUUUCUGAACCUUCGGACACUGUAACUGUGCGUGGUGGCUCAUUCCUCCUGAACUGCUCGGCAACGGCAGACCAGGGCCCGGUGAAUAUUGGCUGGAGAAAGGACGGAGUCUUCUUAAACCCGGCAAUGGAUGAGAGGAGGCAGCUGAUGCCCGACGGCUCCCUCAUGGUACAGAAUGUGAUCCACACAAGGCACCAUCGCCCCGAUGAAGGACUGUACCAGUGCGAGGCGUCAGUGCUUGGAGACGGCUCGAUAGUGAGCAGGACAGCUCGGUUAACUGUGGCAAGUCCGCUGAGAUUUAUCUCGCAGACGGAGUCAGUCGCGGCUUAUGCAGGAGACCUUGCCGAGCUGAAAUGCGAAGUUACCGGCGAGCCCAUGCCUUCCAUUCAUUGGCAGAAAAACGGCAUUGAUCUGCAGCUAACUGCUGAUGAUCUCCGCAUGGCUGUUCUCCCAUCUGGCUCCUUGGUGAUUAGCAAGCUUCAGACAGGGGACAGUGGGUCCUACAGGUGCCUAGCAGAAAACCCCGGCAGCUCAAGGAUUGGGAACGACGCUGACCUUCACGUUUUGUCUGAACCUGGCGUGCACAGACAAGUUACGUUCAUUCAGCGACCCCUGAACACAGCUGUCCUGGAAGGACGAGAUGGGGUUAUGGAGUGUUGUGUUUCUGGAUUUCCAGCCCCAACGAUCACAUGGAAGAAAGGGGAUGAAAUUGUUCAGAUCAGGUCCAAGAAAUACUCGUUAAUGGCUGGAAGUAACUUACUCAUCAAAAGUGUGGUGGAACAAGACUCUGGGUUUUACACGUGUGUUGCCAACUAUGAGAACAAGACGUUCAGUGCCUCAGCAGAGUUCACUGUGAUGAUUCCUCCGAGCUUUGUUAAGCGUCCUUCCAACCUUUAUGCUUACGAGAGUAUGGACAUUGAGUUUGAAUGUGCAGUCACUGGGAAGCCGGUACCCACUGUGAGGUGGAUAAAGAAUGGAGAAGUGGUCAUUCCCAGCGAUUACUUCCAGAUUGUGAGUGGCAGUAACCUGCGCGUGCUGGGUUUGGUGAAGUCAGACGAGGGCUUUUACCAAUGUGUCGCGGAGAAUGACGCUGGCAAUGUGCAGACAAGCGGACAGCUUAUCAUUCCUGAACCUGCCUUACCAAGCUCCAGUGUCCUUCCUUCUGCCCCUCGUGAUGUGGUCCCUGUCUUGGUCUCCAGCCGCUUCGUCCGACUCAGUUGGCGCCCUCCUGUCGAGACGCAUGGAAGCAUCCAGACCUACAUGGUCUACUUCACCAGGGAAGGUGUUAACAGGGAGCGUGCAUUAAAUACUUCGCAAUAUGGAGACCUGCAACUUACUGUUGGAAAUCUGAAACCAGAAGAAGUGUAUACAUUUAGGAUCAUAGCCUACAAUGACUUUGGACCAGGGCAGAGUUCGCAACCUAUUAAAGUAUCUACUCAGCCUGAACUGCAAGUCCCAGGACCAGCAGAUAAUUUUAAAGUUAUCUCCACCUCACCGACCUCUAUCGUAGCCUCCUGGGAGCCACCUGCUUAUGCAAAUAAUCCAAUCCAAGGCUAUCGGCUGUUUUGGACAGAGGUUGCUGGCAAAAAGGAACUGAGCAUCGAUGUGGAUAAUUUGUAUUAUAAACUGGAAGGACUGAAGAAGUUCACCAAGUACAGUUUACGAGUGUUGGCUUUCAACAGACACGGUGCAGGUGUCUCUACCCAGGAUGUGUUGGUUAGCACAUUGUCUGAUGUGCCCAGUACAUCGCCUCAAAAUGUCUCGCUGGAGGUAGCAAAUUCACGAAGUAUAAAGGUCAGCUGGCUGCCACCACCAUCCAAUACGCAGAAUGGCUUUAUUACUGGAUACAAAAUAAGGCACAAGAAGAUUGGGCGCAGGGGUGACACGGAGACCCUCGAGCCUAAUAAUCUUUGGUACCUCUUUACAGGUCUGGACAAAGGUGCACACUACAGCUUUCAAGUUUCAGCCAUGACCAUGAACGGAACAGGCCCGUCCUCCGACUGGUUUACAAUAGAAACACCAGAGAAUGACCUGGACGAAUCACAGGUUCCAGACCAGCCAAGUUCUCUUCAUGUCAGGCCUCUGACAACAAGCAUCGUGAUGAGCUGGACUCCACCGUUGAACCCAAACAUAGCAGUCCGAGGUUACAUAAUCGGCUACGGAGUGGGCAGUCCCUAUGCUGAGACGGUGCAGGUCGACAGCAAACAGCGAUAUUUUUCCAUUGAACACCUAGAGCCAAGCUCUCAUUACGUCAUUUCUUUGAAGGCCUUUAACAAUGUGGGGCAGGGAGUCCCUCUGUAUGAGAGCGCGACCACCAGAGCAUUGUCAGACCCUGUUGAUCCCUUAGAUGUUGAUUUGUUUCAUUUGUUUGAUGACCUUCCUACCUCAGUCCCCGAUACCUCCACCCCCAUGCUACCACCUGUAGGUGUUCAAGCCGUGGCAGUCAGUCACGACUCCGUCAGGGUCAGCUGGGCAGAUAACUCAGUGCCUAAAAACCAGAAGGGAACACCAGACAUCCGCUUUUAUACUGUUCGAUGGAGAACAAGCUACUCUGCCAAUGCCAAGUACAAAUCUGUGGAGGCAACAAGUUUGAGUCACACGGUUACAAAUCUCAAACCCAACACCAUGUAUGAGUUCUCCAUCAUGGUGACCAAAGGACGGAGGUCAAGCACAUGGAGUAUGACAGCACAUGCUACAACAUAUGAGGCUGCUCCUACCUCAGCCCCAAAGGACCUGACUGUUAUUAGCAGAGAAGGAAAGCCUCGAGCCAUCAUCAUUAGCUGGCAACCCCCCUUGGAAGCCAAUGGAAAAAUUACAGGGUAUUCGUUGUUUUACACAGUGGAGAAGAAUGCUCCGAUUGAUGAGUGGAUAAUGGAGUUAGUCAGUGGUGAUAGACUGACCCACCAGAUUCUGGAUCUCAAUUUGGACACUCUCUAUUAUUUCCGGAUCCAAGGAAGAAACGCCAAGGGCCUGGGACCCCUGUCUGAUCCGAUUCCAUUCAAGACACCCAAAGUUGAACACCCUGACAAAAUGGCUAAUGACCAAGGAAGGAGUAUACAUGGAGAAGGAUCAUUUUGGCCAGCAGAUACCAACUUAAUUGACAGGAGCAGCUUAAAUGAGCCUCCGAUUGGUCAAAUGCAUCCACCUCAUGGCAAUGCAACUCCUCAAAAGAAUAGUAAUCUACUGGUAAUCAUUGUGGUCUCCAUCGGUGCUAUUAUGGUGGUGGUGAUUAUUGUUGUCGCUGUGAUUUGCACCCGUCGAUCUUCAGCACAGCAGAGGAAAAAACGUGCUGCACACUCUGGUGGCAAGCGAAAGGGGAGCCAAAAGGACUUGAGACCUCCAGACCUCUGGAUACAUCAUGAAGAAAUGGAGAUGAAGAAUAUUGAGAAGCCCUCAGGCCCUGAUCCAUCAGUGAGAGAUUCACCCAGGCAACAAAGCUGUCAGGACAUCACCCCUGUGAGCCACAGCCACUCGGAGAACCAACUUACCAGUAAAAGUGGCUCCCACUCAGGUCAUGAUCCUGAUGAAGCUGGAAGCAGUAUGUCUACAUUGGAACGUUCUCUAGCGGCUCGAAGAGGAACCCGACCUAAGCUGAUGAUUCCCAUGGAUUCACAGCCCAACAAUCCACCCGUUGUCAGUGCGAUUCCCGUUCCAACGCUAGAGAGUGCCCAAUAUCCUGGCAUACUGCCGUCUCCGACCUGUGGGUAUCCCCACCCACAAUUUCCAUUGCGUGCCAUGCCGUUUCCUACACUGGCCGUUGACCGAGGCUAUGGACCAAGUCUCCUCCAUUGUCAGAGUGAGGCUAAACGCAAAUUGGAGGAACAGCAUCUCAUAUUUCGCUUGGGUAGCUUACAGCCCAGUGCCAUGAGUGAGGUUCAAACCACACACCUCCAGCAGCCUGCCAUGUUGACCCAGACACAGCCCGAGCAUCCAUCAGGGGAGGAGGCCCCGAGCAGAACUAUUCCCACGGCCUGCGUGCGGCCCACUCACCCUCUCCGCAGCUUCGCCAACCCCCUGCUACCUCCACCCAUGACUGCACUGGAGCCCAAAGUUCCUUACACUCCUCUUCUCUCUCAACCAGGUUCCAAUCUCUCGUUGAGUCACGGUAAAACAGCUUCCCUGGGAUUGGCCGGGAAAGCGAGAUCUCCACUGCUUCCUGUUUCUGUUCCGACAGCCCCAGAAGUCACCGAGGAGAGCCACAGGACAGAGGAGCAAUCUAAUGUGUAUGAGCAGGAUGACUUGAGUGAGCAAAUGGCCAGUCUGGAGGGCUUAAUGAAGCAGUUGAAUGCCAUCACAGGCUCAGCAUUCUAACCACCAUCACUACCUGCUAGAGACAUAUCAACCAGGAGCCAGGCAGCAUGCCAGUAUUUAUGUACUGACCUUGGCACACCCUGUGUGCCCUCUUCAGCAACUUUCAGUUCAAACAAGGAAAUGCCUCGAAGGGACAUUGUUUAUGUUGACUACCAUUCCAUUGCUCACCUGUAUAUACCAUACCAUCUUAGCGACACACACUGGAAUUCUGUUAAUGCUCAAGUAUAUUUCACUUACAAUUUACCUGGGCAGCUCGAGCAGAGAGAUUGCCCAGCUUAGCCCAGGAAAGGGAGGUGGGGUUGUGGGAUGAGGAGUGCAAGUGGGAUGGGGAUUGUUAUGGCGGUGAACUAGAGUUGGUGAGAAUGCACUCUUUCCACAGGCGUCCACCAUAAUACAAGUUUAGAAUAGUCUGAGAAUACCGUCCCAAAACUAAGAGGUUGGUUGAGAAAGUAGGGGAACUUUUCAGAUUUUAGCCAGUGUUUUAAUACUCACUAGAUUGCUAGGCACAUAGUAAAUAAAGAAAAGAGAAAUGGAGCAAUUUGAUACCGGCAAAUAGGUAUUGAUUAUUUGAAAAGAAUGUAGACUACAGACAGGAUGCCAGCAUGAGGCAAUAAUUCAAAGUGUGUCGGCUUUCAUUUAAAAGGGGCCU